CUGUGACGUCACAUUGUUCUGCCGCCAUUGGGUAGGUCUCCUGUGUAACCUUUGGCGUGUAAAAUCCAUUUUCAUCUAUGUUUGCCUUCACAAUUUUAAUGCUCUGACAUAAACUGUGAUAUCUGAUAAUUCUAAGAUUCAAGGUUGACUACAAAAAUGGCUACUCCAGGCAAUAGUGACAUUCAGUGGUGUUUCUCUCAAGUUAAAGGAACUCUUGACGAUGAUGUAACAGAAGCGGAUAUUAUAUCUUGUGUCGAGUUUAAUCAAGACGGAGAACUUCUUGCUACAGGGGAUAAGGGCGGUAGAGUUGUUAUUUUUCAGAGGGAUGCCGCGAGCAAGGCGAGUAUACCGCGCCGAGGAGAGUACAAUGUGUACAGCACCUUCCAGUCCCAUGAGCCAGAGUUUGAUUAUCUCAAGUCCCUGGAGAUUGAAGAGAAAAUAAACAAGAUCCGGUGGCUGAAGCGUAAAAAUCCAGCACACUUUUUACUUUCCACAAAUGAUAAAACAAUUAAAUUGUGGAAAGUGAGUGAGAGGGAUAGAAGAGCCGAGGGAUACAAUCUCAAAGAGGAAAAUGGAACUAUCAGAGAUCCUUCGUCCAUCAAAUCUCUAAGAGUCCCCGUACUGAAGCCUAUGGACCUGAUGGUUGAAGCCUCACCUCGCAGAAUAUUUGCUAACGCCCACACCUACCAUAUAAACUCUAUUUCUGUCAAUUCGGAUCAGGAAACUUAUCUAUCCGCGGAUGAUCUUCGGAUCAAUCUCUGGCAUAUGGAGAUCACAGAUCAAUCCUUUAACAUAGUAGAUAUCAAACCUGCAAACAUGGAGGAAUUGACUGAGGUGAUCACUGCCUCCGAAUUCCAUCCAAAGAUUAAUGAAACUGAUUAUUAUUUAGGAACUAUUCGACUGUGUGAUAUGAGACAGGCGGCGCUCUGUGAUAGUCACGCCAAAAUGUUUGAAGAACCAGAAGACCCGACCAAUCGAUCUUUUUUCUCUGAAAUUAUCUCCUCGAUUUCUGAUGUCAAGUUCUCCAACUCUGGUAGAUACAUGAUCUCCAGAGACAAAUUUCUGAAAGCCUUUCUUUGGAUGUUGAAAAAUAAAGUAUACUUAUUUAACCAUGUGAAGGUGCACGAGUACCUAAGGUCGAAGCUGUGUUCACUCUACGAGAACGACUGCAUCUUCGAUAAAUUCGAAUGCUGCUGGAACGGAACAGACUCAGCAAUUAUGACCGGCAGCUACAACAAUUUCUUCAGAAUGUUUGACCGGAGUUCACGGAAGGAGGUGACACUAGAAGCCUCCAGAGAUGUUGCCAAGCCAAAGACAAUGCUCAAACCGAGAAAGGUCUGCUCUGGCGGUAAGAGGAAGAAGGAUGAGAUCAGCGUCGACUGCUUAGACUUCAACAAGAAGAUACUCCACACUGCCUGGCAUCCUCAGGAAAAUAUUAUAGCUGUUGCUGCCACAAACAACCUGUUCUUAUUCCAAGAGAAAAACUAAACUCAAAUCUGUUCUAUAUAUUCAGAUUAGAUGUUGGCCUGAGAACCUGAUACAACAGCAGCAAUCUAGUGAUACUCAAACCUUUUCAUAUUACUGAGAAGUAAAACAUUGGAUUGUGUGGACACCAUAGGCCAAGUCUCAAACCAGAUAUUAGUACAAGUUAUCCCGGUAGAAGUCAACUGUGGUAUUUAAACCAAGAUUUACGAUAUACAAGGUUCUGCAAUACACAUUCUAGUUUCACGGGAAUAUUUUCAAUUUUCAACAUUUAUUCAAGUUCCUUUAACAAAGAA